AAACAAAACACAAAGAGCACAAAGAAACACUUUUCAACUUUCAAGCUUUUGUUCUACCUUCUAAGUAAUUAAACCACUUUUCUUUGGCUUCUUCUUUAUCCAACAAAAAAUGGCUAAUUCUCACCAUCCAGCUCUUGUCUUUUUGUUGCUUAUUGCAGUUUCGUCAAUCAGCAGCAACUCGUUCGGAUCAGAAGCUCGCAAGCUUCUGGAAACAACCACCUUGCCUGAGCCACCUAAAGUUGAGCUACCACCACUCCCAAAGCCUGAGAUCCCAACUCUUCCAAAGCCUGAAAUUCCCACACUGCCUAAACCCGAGAUUCCGGAAUUGCCGAAACCCGAAAUCCCAACACUCCCAAAGCCUGAGAUUCCCACUUUACCUAAACCUGAGAUUCCCACAUUGCCUAAACCCGAGCUUCCAACUCUACCAAAGCCAGAGCUUCCAACUCUGCCCAAACCCGAGUUGCCUACUUUGCCAAAACCAUAAGUCCCCAAGCCCUGAUCGGAAUUCCUGAUUAGGAGCGACAAGAAGUCUUCACAGCCUAGCUGGACAACACAUUCUGUUGCAUUUCAUCAUGAUUCUUUUUAGUUUGAUCCUUCUUAUUCCGAGAUGGAUGAUGUUACAUAUAUAUAGCGUUUGAUGUAUCUCAAUUUGUGUCAGAGUCAUGUUUUGUUUGUUGUUGUAAUAUUGUUUCAGGUGUCACCGUGUGUGUGAUGUAAAUUUUAAUUGGAAGGAUUGAUUCUUGAAUUCCCCGUGGAUUUACUCAAUAUUUGUAUUUCAGGAAUUGAUAUUGCAUUUUGUGUUAUUUUGAUCUUUCCCAGUGCUCA